CUUCACCAGAAAAUAUGGGAGGAUGCCUUUAAAUCCGCAUACCGUUCUUCAAUUUCCAUGGUUCUCUGCAUUCAGCCCACUCAGAUUCCGGCAAUCAUACUUCUCAAUUAAAGGUUUUACUAAUGUGAAUUCGUUAGCACGUCAUGUAAAUCUGUUUCCAACACCAAACUGAGGUAUGAUUUCUUGAUGCAGCUUGUUCAAUUUGGCAGAAAUAUCUGAUCGAUCUUUGGUAUUGAGCAUAAGAGCUGAUGAUGGAAUGAAAGGAAUGCAUAAUAAAAAGAACCCUUAUUCGGGAAGGGCACCUAAAACAGAGGGGGCGGAUGAUGGUACUCAAUCUUCAAAUUACAUUCAAAUAUGAUAUACCAACUGCUGCAAAUUGCAUUCAACAUCUCUCGUUGCUUCAAGCUAAGGUUAUUUAGUGACUAAACAUCAGUCAAACCAUAAUCAGCACUUCUCAGUAAAACCUUAGUGCCGCCCCCAUCCUCACCUCAUACUCCUUGCUAAACUAGGCCUCCAGUAAUGGCACCAUCGCACCAACUGAAAACGCAAGAGCCGUCACCUGAAUCGUAUUCUGCAAACCCCCUUUCUUCUCAUUGCUCAUCAUGGGCGAUGCGGUUGAGGCAAGACCGGCAUUGGUGCCCAGCACUGCAGCACAGAGCCACUUGGAGCAUGUGGAGUAGUCGAAUUCUUGCUCAGUGGAUUCGCUUGUGUUGCCUAUGACUAGAGAGUAUUGCAUCAGAGAAGGAUUUGUCAAGAAGAGAGAUUUUGCAGCAAGAUAUUGAUGUGCUCUCCUGUCGCCUUAUAUCAGCUUGCAUCAGCCAUCAAGUAUGACAAUGCCUCGGUCUUAGGCAUCACUCGGAGGCAGUGGUGUCGAUUGCUCUACAGACCAUUCGUGAUUUGCUAUUGGAAGAGGGAAGGUUUUUAGCUGGUGUGGGCGACCAAGUGAAGGAUCUUGAGAGGCAGCUCAAAGAGAUGAAGUGUUUCCUCCAAGACGCUGACAAACGACGACAUGAAAGCAGAACCUCUUCAAUUGGAUCUCGGAGAUUAGAGAUCUCGUCUACAGAUCCGAAUCCGCCAUUGAAAGACAUGCAGCUUAUCAUGUUUCUUCAAGGAGAAGAGGCCUCACACAGUUCGUCUGCAAAUAUUCCUGUAUUUUGACAGAUUGCAACAAACUCUACCAAUUAGGCUCCGAGAUUUCACAAAUUACAUUAAAUCUGGAGAGGAUACGCAACGAUAUGCAAGCAAUCGGAAUAAGAAGAAGCAUAAUCAUCAAUCCAAAUGGAGAGGGGCAAAGCUCGGCUAGAAACAACAUGUCAAGGAAGACUUUCCCCGAUUUGGAGAUGGGAGAUUGCUUCCUAGGCAUGGAGGAUGAGCUGAAGCAGCUUGUUCAUCACCUAGGGAUAAACACAGAGGAUCGGAUUAUAUCAGUGUGGGGAAUGGGAGGCUCAGGCAAGACCGCAAUUGCCAAGAAGCUCUACAACGAGACGACAGACUUUGAUCGCUUGGCGUGGGUUUGCAUUACGCAGCAAUGCGAGAGUCGGUCAGUUUGGGAGGAUGUUCUGAGGCAACUAGAGAAUCCAAAGAAGAAGAAUAUUUCAAGUGUGAACAGUGAGCCACGAAUAACAGGGGAGGUUUCGAGUCUGAGCAACUUAGAGUUGAUUCAGAGACUAAGUGAGAUACAAAGAUUAAAGCGAUGUCUCAUAGUUUUGGAUGAUGUUUGGGAACUUUCUCAUUGGCAUGAGUUGAAGCAUCCAUUCACAGCCCACGAUUCGCAGAGCAAACUAUUAGUGACAACACGGAAACAAAAGGUUGCAGAGAUUGGAUUGGCAGUCAAACAUGGUCUUUUGCAUAUGGAUGCUGCAUUGGAACUACUCAAAUACAAAGCAUUUCAGCAUGGAAACAUUCCAGACUUUGCAUUGGAAGAAAGCUUUGAGAAAAUUGGGAAGGAAAUGGUGCAAAAAUGUGGUUAUUUGCCGUUGGCAAUUUCUUUACUUGGCGGGGUAUUGAGAAAUAAAAACUUGAUGGUGGAGUGGAAGUUAGUAAAUGAGGAUAUCAAAGAAGUCAUGUAUAGAGAUGAAAAGCAGAUUGAUGGAGUGCUAAACUUAAGCUAUGAAAGUCUACCCUAUUAUUUGAAGCCUUGCUUUCUCUAUAUGGGUAUCUUCAACGAGGACGAAACCAUACUUGCUUUGGAUCUAUAUACGAUGUGGAUAGCACAAGGCAUGAUUUCAUAUGAGAGCACUGGAGACAAGAAGGAAAGUUUAAUGCACAUCGCAGAACUGUACUUAAAUGAGUUGGCCUCCAGGUCCAUCGUUCAAGUUGAAAUUCGGUUAGCUUAUGAUGUCACAAAUAGAAACGGAAAAUAUUUUGCAUGCAAACUUCAUGACGUAGUACGAGAACUAUGUUUGAAAUUGGGGAAAAUGGAGGAUUUUGGUGUGCAGAGUAUGGAGUAUCAAGGUGGGAAGCUUAGUACCUUACUAAAGGAAGCUUCCUCACAUAUGAAAAUACAACAUUUGGCUAUCCAUUUCAGAAGUGAAGUCGAACACGAGCGUACAGUCACUUGCCCAAAAGAUAGUAGCAAACAUACUAGGUCUCUACGAAUAUCCAAUCUCAUAGGAUCGAAUGUUGUUGAGUUUCCCCCACAAAGUAUAGUUGAUUUUCAGAAAUUUAAAAUGUUGAGAGAUCUAGUUAUCAUGAGAUUCAAAUUUGCAGGAGGAAAGUUACCGAGAGGAAUCACUAAACUUGUUCACCUUAGAUGUUUGCGUCUAGAACGAUGUGAACUUGCUAAGCUACCGUCAUCCAUGAGGAAUUUGGUAUAUAUGGAUACCCUUGAUUUAACAGGUUCAGCGAAUGUUGAAGUUCCAAAUGUUUUUAAGGAGAUGUUGCAAUUAAAACACUUGCUUCUUCCUAUCUAUGAAAAUGAAAACAUUAGAAAUUAUCGACUAAGAUUGGAUGAGGAAGUAUAUGAGUUGGAGACUCUAGUAUGCUUUGAUAGUAGAUACCAUGAACUUAAAUGUAUGGGCAGAAUGAAGAAUCUCCAACGUUUUAUGGCAAUAAUACACGAUAAUGAAAGCUUGUCGGCUAUCAUGAAUGGCAUUAUGAACUGGAACAAGAUACGGGAUUGUUCUGUUUCUAUUGAAGGAAGUUGCAACUUAACAAGUGAGCAAAUGCUGGAGAAGGCUUUGACAUGUCCCAAUCUUUAUGAUUUGAGUAUCUGCUUGAAGUUAGGGAAGGCGCUGGCAGAGUGCGGGAGUGAUCUGUUGAGCUCGAAACUUGGGUGUUUGGAUAUGUUUGAUUCCGAGAUUGUGGAUGAUCCAAUGGGGAUACUAGGAAAGCUUCCUUGCUUGAUACAAUUGCGAUUAUAUUGGGAAUCAUUUAUUGGGGAGAAGAUGAGGUGUCCAGCAAACAGUUUUCUUCGCCUCAAGAGGCUAACACUAAGAGGUUUACCAAAGUUGAGGGAGUUGAGAGUAGAGGCAGGAGCCUUGCCCCUUCUCUCUAAAUUAACAAUUGGAGAGUGUUCUUGUCUGAAGAUGGUUCCGGAGGGAUUGAGAGCGAUUUCCACCCUUCAUAUACUCGUAAUUAAAGAAAUGCCAGAAUUGAAAAAUAGGGUAUCACCAUCGGGACAGGAUUUCCACAAAGUCCGCCAUGUGCCUUCUAUUAUCACCAAGGACUAGUCGUCACCAGGAUUGGAGGUGUUUAAAGUCGGUGAAAAUUUGAAUCUUGGGAUUGCUGCUUGUGAUAAGCACGGGGCUGCCGCUGUCGCCGCCGCCGGAGAAGGAUUCAUGUUUGGCGGAUGAGUCGAGCGAUGGGAAUAUGAUGAUGAAGAUGAGAAUGUGGGGGAAAAGAAGAAGCGUAGCAAUGGGCCUAGUAAGGUUGUUCUUGGUUUUGCGAUUGGUAUUUCUUCAAUUGUGUUCUUGAUUGUUUUCUUGGUUCUUUUAGCUAAGUGUUGUAAAUGAGAUUGAAUUUUUUUUCUUGGUUGAUUAGGUUAGGGGAUUAUGAUUUGAUGUGACAUUAAAAAGAUGAGUUCAUUGAGUUUGUUUCUAUGAUU